AUGCGUUACAAUAAAACUACCCUUGGUAUAUUCCGUCAUUUAUUCAUCUUUCCUGAUUUCUGGAUUAUCAAUAACCCCGAGAAUUGGACGGUCUUUGCCUACUACAUUAUGCUUAUUGACAUUGAUCCCACAUUAACAGCUCUUGGAAAGCUAAGCUCUGUGUUUCUGGACCUGAUCUUGAUGCAAAGUCUCUUCCACAAUGAUCCAAAAACUAUCAAGUACACUCAAAAAAUGCUAAAUGGCUUACUAAUCGACAACAGCUCUAAUGCGGCCAUCUGGAAUAGCCAAAUCAUGAAAUCCGCCAGAACCAGCUGUGCAGAAAGGAUUUAUGAAGUCAUCUCUUCUACACUGAUCUCGAAGGAAGAGUCCUUUGAAAGAAGCUUGACACCAAGUACUGAAUACUACACCUGUAGCGAAGGUGAAUUUUCUGGAUCACUAUAUCAAAGUUGUGAUGAUUACUCAUAUGAAUCAUUAUGA